AUGGGACUUGAAUUGAAAGAUGGCGAAAGUCUACACGCCAAUAUCAAAGGGACACCUGAAGGAUAUACUGGAACAACGAAACUAAAAAGUACCAAAACUAGCUAUGUUUUAUUGCUUUUGACAAUUAUUAUAUGCCUUCUUAUAUUUCAUUUCAGGAACAAGAUUGCCGAAUUUCACGACAGAUUACGAACAAAACGAAGAAUGAGAUAUGCUAAUUUGUCACAAGGGUUUCAAGAUGAUCUCGAAAGCGGACUCAAUAGUGAUGCUUUUAACAUUUUAAGCGGUAACUCGAAUGACCAUAGACAAGGAUUGGAAGAGAAUGCCAAAGCUGCAAUCUACCAAUUAAUGCAGCAAAAGCUGCUCACAUUCGAUGAGGCCCGUCUAGAGUAUACCAAACUGCAAUUUGGAGAGCAUAAUAUCGAUAGUAACGGGGUUCCUCUAGAUCCUAAGACCGUGACUUUCUCCGGAUAA